ACCAAGACAGAAAGACUCACCUUUGUAAAUACAACACCAUAGUCGAUUGGCUUCAGUCCCAGGUUAUUGUUUCACAUGUAGCGUUCUUCUUUUUUUUCAGUAAGGGACAUGGUUUCACUGUAGUUUGACAGACGCGGUCAGCGUGUGUACUAGACGUGUCUUUGUGGACAGGUGCGUCCCACACACACACACAGAGGAGAUGAGCCGCUUUCUGAACGUCCUGCGGAGCUGGUUGUUGAUGGUGUCCGUCAUCGCGAUGGGAAACACCGUGCAGAGCUUCAGGGAUCACAGCUUCCUGUCCGAGAAGCUCUACACAGGCGCCCCGGAGUUUGUGAACGGUCUCCAAGCUCGGACAUUUGGCAUUUGGACGUUGCUGGCAUCGAUCAUUCGGUGCGCGUGUGCCAUCGACAUCCAGAACAGAACGCUGUAUCACAUCACCCUGUGGACGUUUGUGCUGGCGUUGGGACACUUUCUGUCCGAGGCCUUCCUCUACAAAACUGCGCCGCUGACUAUUGGCGUCAUGGCACCCCUCAUAGUGGCGAGUUUCUCCAUCAUAGCGAUGCUCAUCGGGUUCCCGUGUCUUCCAGAGACACAAGAGGAAGUCGGAACGCGACAGAAGAAGCGCAACUGAACCUCAAGCAGUUUCCUCUUGUUAACUGAACCCUCCGCCCUCACCAGACACGUGUGGACUGGUCCUUGUGUGCUGCUGUCUUGCCUUGAAGAACAGUCCAUGUUCUGUGACAUUUUGACUUACACCACUUACAUCUGUGUGUCUUGAUUUGGCACUUUUACAAAGGUGUUACACUACAGUGUUUCUGGUGUGCUGACUCAUCUUUAAAAAAAAUAGCUUUUAAAAAUAAGCAAUACGCGGAGGUUCGAUGGGAUCAGUUUUGUAGUAUCUUGUUUCCUGUUGUUUCACUGUGGUGUUAAAAAAAAUCGUCACAAAACUUUUGUAAAUUCAUUUUAAGAAUGAAAAAAAACCCUUUGCAAUGCCACUGAAAACAUCAUUUCAGAGAAAAGGAAAAAGAAUAAAUAAAUAAAUAAAAAUGGAGAAAAACAGGAAAA